CUUGAGCAGAAUAUCCGUCUUCUGACAUUUGCGUCACUGGGUUUUGCACACGCCGGGCAUGACCUGCCAUAUUCAGUGGUCGCGUCAAUCCCGCAGAUUGAAUUGAGUCAAGCAGAGAAGUGGGCGAUCGAUGUCGAUCUUCUUUCGGGAAAGCUCUCGCAGACCACUCAGUCUUUACACGCUUACCGUUCGUCAGCGCGCACGUUUGAGCGAGAGCAAUGGGAGGCGCUGGAAAAACGUCUUGUUGCGUGGAAGGCGAGCCAAGCGAGCGUGUUGGAGGUUUUCACUAGUGCAUAA